AUGAAAAGCUUUGAUUCGAUUAUGCCUAUUGAUUGCCUAUGCAUUGUAGAUGAUAUACUGAUUGCAGGAGGAUAUCAGUUUACUGAGGCGAGUAGAUCUGGAGGAGUAUACUUGUAUGAUAUAUAUAGUAUGCAAAUCAAGAACGAAUUUGAAACGACAGGGAUUCUUGAUUGUAAGAAGAACGAAGAGAUGGUGUUUUUUGCAGGAUGUGAGGAGUUUGGAGCGAUAUGUCUUAAAAACAGUGCUAUUGAUAAAAUAUGCACUCCAGCGAUUAAUACAUACGUUUGUGUUAAUUCUAGCAGUGUUUUUGUUUGUGAUAUUAUGGGGCAUAUAAGGCAGUUUGAAGGAUAUGGACUAGUCAAUUCCAGAGACACUAUAAUAGGUGAGGAGCCUAUAUGGGUGGUUGAAGCGUAUGGAGAUAGCAUUGCAUGCGGAUCUGAAGAUGGAAUGCUGAGAUUUAUUGACACCAGGAGCUGGAGCGUACACCAGGAAAUAAAAAGAAAGUCAGGUGUAACAUCAAUAUAUCAUACUGAGAAUUAUACAUAUGUGGGGUCGUAUGACGAGCAUAUUGAGAUUGUUGAUAGGAGGAAAUAUGAUAUAAUAGAGAGGAAGUAUGUUGGAGGGGGUGUGUGGAGGAUUUGCUAUUUUGAUGGGAAGUACUUUGUUGCAUGUAUGUAUGAAGGAUUAAAGGUUUAUGGAGAUGACUUUAGUUUGUUAAAGCAUUAUGCAACAGAGUCGAUUGCAUACGGAUUGGCAUUAUCUCACGAUAUGGUUGCAUUUGCAUCGUUUUAUGACAAGAAGAUCCACAAGAUUGAGUUUGAAGAUAUAAAGAGCAUUGAUUGA